GAGGACGGAGCGGAGCGCAGAGAAGAGGGGUGGCUCCUUUGCCUUCGCCUCCGCCGCGUCCCGAGACGGCUUCCCCUAGUGGCUGCAGAGGGCGGGCGGGCGAGCACAGGAGCCCAGGAAAACUGCAGCUGGUGCUGCUGCCGCUCGGAUUGCUUUCUCCACCCCUGGGUGGCAGGGCACCCAUCGGGGAAUGAGGCAGGUGCAAGGAUGCGCGGACGGAACCGGCGUGGGAAAGUCGCCCGGGAGCACCCGCUUGGCAUGCAGAAAUGCGAACCCGGCGCGGGGAGGGCGAGACCGUGUCUUGGAGUUCCGCCGUCACUCCGUGGGUUCUUCCUUGCGGAAUAGGAAUCUCUCCUGCGGGAGGAGGGAAAGCGAGCUACUUUCGCUUUCCGCGCGUGCCCCUGCUUCCAGCAUGCACGUGAGAAGGGGCCAGAAGCGAGCCCUGCAAUCUCCAGCCUGGGUGUUGCUGCUGUUUGGGUUCCUCGCCUCAUCGCCCUGCAGAGCCAGCCCAGCCUCCCUUCCUCUCCCAGAAACACCCCAUGUCCUCCGCCUGCUUCAGACGGUGGUGUUCCACAAUGCCAGUGACACUGACAUCGAGGGCGCUUCCUUUCUGGGAGACGUGGCGGUCGUUUCGUUGGAUACCCGCACCUGGAAGUUCAAGUUCCUCCAGCCUUGGGGCGUAAGCGGCCUCACGCCUGAAGAGUGGGACCUUCUGCUGAAGAUUAUCAAAGGCUACUUCCUAGGCUUCGUACAAACCAUCAACAAAAUGGUCGUGUUUCUCAAAGGCAGCUAUCCUUUCGUUGUGCAGUCCUUGAUCUUUUGUGAGUCCACGUCCAACGGCACGACGAGGGGCUUCUACGACGCUGCCUUAGAAGGAGAAUCCAUUGUCACCUUCAGUGCAGAUAACGGCAGCUGGGUUGCUCUGCAGGAGAAUGCGAUGGCUGCCUAUGUUCAACAGACCCUGAACGGUGACAAGGGCACAGUUGCAACUCUACAGAUCCUUCUGCUGGGCCAGUGCAUCAGAGCUCACAACACCUUCCUUGAGACCGGAAAGGAGGCUGUGCAGAGGCAGGUGUCGCCAGACUAUCAGGUCUUCACCCACAAGACCCCGCCGGCCCCCGACUCUUUGCUCCUGGUUUGCCGAGUCACCGGAUUCUACCCACGACCCAUCAACGUCUCCUGGCUGCAGGAUGACAAAGAGCUGCCCAGCUCAGACUUCAACUCCACCGAGAUACUGCCUAACCACGACCUGACUUACCAGAUCAGGAGUACUCUGGUUAUUAAGUCAGCAGAUGAGCACAGUUACGCUUGCAGGGUGCAGCACAUCAGCCUGGGGGUGAAAAUCAUCCCUUGGGGAGCUAUGAAGGCAUCCGCUCAGCGGAAGGAACAUCACCAGUUGGAAGCUGAGGAAAAAAGAAAACCUUGCAGAACAGCACAGAUGCUGUCACUAUCAACAUACAAACGCUUCCGCUAUAGAGGUGGCAAACUCUGGAGAAAGACUGCUUGGAGCCUUGGAGGGAUGUUGGCAGUGAUUGGACUCGAACUCCCAGCAACUCCAACCAGUACAGAGGGCACCAGGUUGGCAAAGCCUGGCAUAAGGCAGCAUCGUCUUUUCGGCACAAUUAGUCUUGCUGUAACGGCGAAAUUAUAACUUAAGGUUAUGUGAUUGCAUCAAAGCAGUAUAUAAAUGCUUUAAAAUAAGUUGAUGAAUUUGUGCUCAGUGUGAGGUGCCAACAUUUUGUUACAGGGCCGGUUUAAGACUUUUUUCUUCGCCCAGGAAUUUGAUGGAUUUUGGGUCAACUGAGCAGAGGUGGCAUGUGAGUAUUGCUGUAGGUUGCAGAAUCCUGCCUCUCGCCACGUGGUGGAAUAUAAUGUUUUCUGUAUAAGUUUUUAAAACUUAAUUGUGAACCACUUAGACUGCCUUAUGUCAAGCAGCUAACAAAUUAAUUAGUAGUAAUACUAAUACAGUAUUUAUUUUCUAUGAACUAACUAGUCCAUGAGAGCUUAUGCUACCAUAGAUUUUACGGGUAAGAAAUUAUCUUAAUGACAUUUUGUUGUUUUGCUGUGGCAGAUGCAGUUUCCAGAGGGCCAUUUUGCAAUUUUUGCAGCAGCUUAUAAGCUUCCGACAAAUUUACAUUUGACACUGUGAACAAUUCAGAUGUAUUUUUUUAAUAAUAAUUUUUAUUACAAUUUUUGUUUUACAAUUUCAAAUAAACAUUUUACUAACUUUGAAAUA